UUUUUUCAGACAAGCGCGGGAUGAAAAUGGCAGCGGCAAGUGAGACCUCUCUUUUACUGUCUAUGAGUGAGACAGAUUCGGAAUCAAGAACGGCGGCGACCUCUGUUAAAGCAAGAGCUAGGGCAUCAAAAGCAUGGAAAUACUUCAGGACAUCUGGUGAUAGAGUCAUCUGUACACUCUGUAAGACUUCUUUGGCUUAUCACGGGAGCACGACCUCGAUGCGUGAGCACCUUAAAAGAAAACACAAAGAAGUUGCUGAAGACGCUCCAGAAAAGGAAAAGACAACAAGAAUAAGUUUAGUCAGCAAAAUGGACUUGAAACCCAACCAAGCCUGCAUCGACCUGGAGAAGGCCACCCAAUGCAUCACACAAGCAUUACAGCAUGAGGUAGUUCAGAAUCAGGAGCUCCGGAUUAUGAUUCGUCGUCUGGAGGAGAAGGAGGCGGAGACUGGGCGGAGCCUAACAGAGCAGGUGGAGUCAAACAAGCAGCUGAAGCUGAAGAUCGAUGAGUUGUAUAAACACCUGGGAGAGAAGGACCACUCACUGACACAGGCCAACCAGACUGUGACUUUCCUGAAGAAUGAGUUAAAGGACCUGAAUCUGAAACAAGAUCUGCAAAGCCAACCAAGUAUUAGGACAGUGCAGGAUGGGAACGAGUGGCCCGGGGGUGGAGAACGCCAGAUCAGGAGUCCCAGCUCUCCUCUCCAACCAGAGCAGCUGACGGCAGACGAUAAGUCGCUGGUCUCAGAACAGCUGAUAUCUGAAGGUCAAACUCCGCUGAUGUCGCCUCACGGUCCGACCCCUCUGGAGGCUCCUGUCUCGGCGAUUAAAGAAGAACGUGAUGAGAGAGCUGACCCCAGAUUGGAGUGCACUGCAGCUGAAGGAACGGACAUUACAUUUGAACAGAUCCAGACUCCGCUGGUCACGUCUGACGGUCAGAGGCUGCUGGAGGCUCCAGUCUCUGAAGAUGAAGAUGAUGGUGGUGAUGAUGAAGAGUAUGGAGAGUACAGCCAUUCAGGAAAAGGGUCGUCUCCUUCCCCCUCAAAUUCACACACACAGACGAAGAAAAGAAGACACUACUACUGCUCUGAGUGUGGCAAAACCUUUCGACUUGCAUCUGCGCUGCUUCAGCACCAGAAAACGCACAAACAGAAAAGCCAGAAGGUCCACUGUGCUCCGUGUGGCAGGAGUUUCACUUCCGAUAAGAAUCUCCUCUAUCACCAACUUGCUGUUCACACGAGAAAGAGACCUUACCAGUUCACUCGACAUCUCAAGGAUCACAAACGCUUUGAGAUAGGCAAUUGGGGAAAUUACUGUACGCAAUGUGGCAAGAGCUUCAUUCACAAGACAAGCCUUAAACGACACCAGCGCACGCACACAGGAGAGAAGCCAUACCAGUGCACUCAAUGUGGGGAGAGUUUCCUUCAACAGGGAUCUCUCAAAACGCAUCAGUGCACUCACACAUGAGAGACAUCGUCACAGUGUAUCUAAUGUGGAAAUGGUUUCUGUCAAACCAAUAAUCUGAAAGUACAUCAGUACAUUCACACUUUGAGCAAAGCAUAUUUUUGAGACAGGAGUUUCAUGUCAAACUCACACAGCACCAGUGCAACUCCCACAACGUGGUGUGCUGUGAAGUUACCCUCCACUGCACUGGGUGGCAGCACUCUGUGUAGAGUGUCUACAGUCUACAGCAUCAUUCUAAUGCUGUGUUCCAUUUGCUGUGUUCCGUUUACUCUCCGUCGUUAUGGGAUGUCACAGUGUCUACAGUCUACAGCAUCAUUCUGUCACAGGAGAAGAUUGCGAGCUGUUUCGUGGGCAAAGGUUAGCUUAGUGGGGGGCCUUGUGGCGCAGCAGGCUACAGCGCUCGUACCAUGUGUGGGUCCGAGUGCCCACGGGGACCCAGGUUCGAAUCCAGCCUGCGGUCAUGUCCCGAUCCCACCCCAUCUCUCUCUCCCACUUGUUUCCUGUCUACUCUUCACUGUCCUAUAACCGUAAAAGGCAAAAAGGCCAAGAAAUAAAUACUCCAAAAGAAAAAAAAAUGUUAGUUUGCAUUGGAAUUACAUGCAGGUGUUUCCAGAAAGGCACGUCUUCAUUCUUUAUUAUGUAUUUUUGAUUCUCAGAAUAAAUGUUUCUUUCCUUACA